ACAAGGACCUUUAUUGCCGCAGCCUCCGCCUGUCCCAGGAGAUCUGCAGGCUCCGUGAGUGUGCCAGCCGGGACCUCCGAGGGGAGAGGAUCUCCUUUAUGUGCUCCAACGACGUCUCCUACGUGGUUGCGCAGUGGGCCUCGUGGAUGAGCGGCGGCGUCGCCGUCCCUCUCUACAGGAAGCACCCCCUGGCCGACCUGGAGUACUUUAUCCAGGACUCCCGGAGCUCCCUAGUUCUCGCCGGCCAGGAGUACGUGGAGCUCCUGAGUCCAGUAGUCAGGAAGCUGGGGGUCCCACUCCUGCCCCUCCCGCCUGCCGUCUACGAUGGGACGGCCGAGGAGCCCAGGGAAGGGGAGGUGCCGGAGCGAGACUGGAGAGACCGAGGGGCCAUGAUCAUCUAUACCAGCGGGACCACAGGGAGGCCCAAGGGCGUCCUGAGUACCCAUGACAACGUCAGGGCUGUGGUGACGGGGCUGGUCCACAAGUGGGCGUGGACUAAAGAUGACGUGAUCCUUCAUGUCCUUCCACUGCACCACGUCCAUGGCGUGGUCAACAAGCUGCUCUGUCCACUCUGGGUGGGAGCCACCUGUGUGAUGCUGCCGGAGUUCAGUGCCCAGCUGGUUUGGGAAAAGUUCUUAAGUUCUGAAACUCCACAAAUAAAUGUAUUUAUGGCAGUGCCUACAAUAUACACCAAGUUGAUGGAUUAUUAUGACAAGCAUUUCACCCAGCCUCAUGUCCAGGAUUUCGUGCGUGCAGUGUGUGAAGAAAAGAUCAGGUUGAUGGUUUCGGGAUCAGCCGCCCUGCCCCUGCCUGUGCUGGAGAAGUGGAAGAACAUCACAGGCCACACUCUUCUGGAGAGGUACGGGAUGACCGAGAUCGGCAUGGCUCUGUCCAACCCGCUGACCCCCGCAGCUCGCCUGCCAGGUUCUGUGGGGACCCCACUGCCAGGUGUCGAGGUGCGCAUUGUCACAGAAAACACGCAGAAGGAGGGAUGCCCCUACGUCCUCCAUGUAGAAGGAAACGAGAAGGACACCAGGGUGACCCCAGGGUUCAAGGAGAAGGAAGGGGAGCUCCUGGUCAGGGGACCCUCUGUGUUCCGGGAAUACUGGGACAAACCGGAAGAAACGAAGAAAGCUUUUACCUCCGAUGGCUGGUUUAAAACAGGUGACACAGCCAUGUUCAAGGACGGCUGCUACUGGAUUCGGGGCCGCACGUCAGUGGAUAUCAUUAAGAGUGGUGGCUACAAGGUCAGCGCCCUGGAGGUGGAGCGGCUGCUGCUGACCCACCCCAGCAUCAAGGAUGUGGCUGUGAUCGGAGUUCCAGACGUGACGUGGGGCCAGCGGGUUACCGCAGUGGUGACACUUCAAGAGGGACACUCACUGUCCCACAGGGAGCUCAAAGAGUGGGCCAGAGACGUCCUGGCCCCAUAUGCCGUGCCUUCGGAGCUGCUGCUGGUAGAGGAGAUCCCGAGGAACCAGAUGGGGAAGAUCAACAAGAAGGACCUCGUCCGGCAGUUCUAUCCGCAGGACCAGGGCUAGGCGCCCGUGAGCCAGCAUCCACUUUGAAUCCCCCUAAGUCACGUGGGGUUGAGUUGGGCCUGACGGAAGAGAUUACAGCGAGAGGCCUCCUCUGCCCCAUCCCUGUGGCCACAGCCUCACCCUUUUUUUAGCCCCUUAUGCCCUGAGGCUGCUGGGCAGAUCCCAGGAGGGCCCAGGUGUCGUCACCCUGGGGUACAGGUCUCCAAAGGAAAUUCAGUAAAGCUUCACAGAGAAAACCGCCUGUGCUACGUUGUCCACCCAGGGCCAUGCCAGGUACAAGGAGUGCUUGUGUCUGCGUGCAUGUGCGUGUCACAGCACAGGAUGUCUCUCGCUGACUAGGAUCCCCAUGUGGCCACCCCAGUUGACCUGCGACCCCUCCUGAGCCUCCUAGUCAAACCCCGACUGCUCUGAGGAGCCAACCCUGAGGACAGGCCCGGGCGUCCAGGUGAGGGGGGUUGGGCAUGCCAUUGUCUCUUCUGCCCUCCCUGACAUUUCCCUGUGCUGCUCUGGGACAGCCUGCGUCAUGAGAGUGCCAUCGUUGUGCCCCAGGGACCCUGGUGGAGGCUCACGUAGGCCUUCAGGGCCAAGCUGCCACCGCGGGGAUGCCCCUCAGGCGACCAGAGAGCCAGGGAAGCUCAGUGCCUUGACCCUCUGCUGGGCAGCUGCGUGCAGCCGCUUAGCACCCCCCACCCCUAGGCAACCCUCUAGACCAGGGGUCCACCGACUUCUGGAAUGGGCCGAGUGGUCAAUAUAUUAGGCUCUGCGACCACAUGGUCCCUGUCACAGCCGCUCACCUCAGCUGUUGCAGCAUGGAUCCUGCUGUCCUCAUAUGGAGUCCAAAUCUUCUCAGUCGCCAGAGGCUGAACACCAGUGGCCCUGCACCUUGACCUUUAACCUCCCCGCCUCCUCCGUGCUGCUCUCUCCACACACCCCUGCAUCCCAGCCCCUCCUUCUGGUCUUCGUCUAAACGCCACCUUCUCCUGACCAUACCCCUCCCACAGCAUCCCCUCUGCUCCCCGUUAGGCCCCAGUCCUCCACACUCCCCAGCCACUGGCGCACAGACCUCCAGAGGGCGAGCCGUGUGUCAGCGUUUCCACUCCCCACGCUUGGCUGUGUUGAUUCAGGUGCGUGCAUGCCCAUGUGCUCUCCAAGUGGAAAAUCCAGAAAGUUCUGGACAGCUUACUGGAGACCAUGGUGGCUUCUCUGCCUGCGACUGCUGGGAAGCGGCGCUCACAGCACAGCAAGAGUCUGGCCUUGACUUUCCCAGAACGUCCUGUCCCCGGAAUCUGUGUCUCAAAGAGCAGCGAAUUGUGGGAGCUGGAGGCUGGAGCAGGGGGGCGGUGCCUCGUUGAGAGCCUAUAGCUGGUGAGGGAAGGCGGAGCCAGGACCACUGUCCCCACACCAGUGCUGCAUGUGGCCUGUCACCCCCGAAGGCCUGACCCUGGCGGUGGCAUUCGCUCAGAAGAAUGUCCAGCCCCCUCGCUCCUUCCUGCCUGAGGCCUGGACAUGCAGGCUGGUCACCCACAUACUGAGCAGGCCGUUCAAGGGGCUCCGUCGCUGCGUCCACAGCUGGUUCUCUCGAGGGCAGCCCUCAACACCCCGGAGGAUACCCAGACUUCCCGCUGUCCUUGCAUCUGGCCCUGUGGUAACUAGGGAACCACAUAAUCACAUGCUACUGAGAAAAGGCAGAUUCAGCACUGCAGGAUCUUUGCUUAAUCCCACUGAUUUGACACUGUAUCUGUCUUGAUACCGAAAUUUUUGAUUCCUAAAAAUGUUUACAUAAUUAUUUGCUUUAUGCUGUCAUCUAUAGCAAAUACUUUCAACUAAUAACAAGACCACAGAAGGACAUUGAUUUGUCCUUGGAACAGGCCCUCCUAAGGACACAAAAGUAUGUGCCCUACUUGCUAAGUCAACGGGACCGAGGUUCACGAGGCGUCCAGAAAAUGCCCCAUUGGCUGAAAAUGCUCCCACUCCCCUCCCACACACAUAUACUCUCUCCCUCGAGGGUGCGACCCUCACCAAGCAGCCCCACCAUCCCUCACUCAGCUCCCACAGUAAAGCCAGGAGCUGGCAUCCUGGGAGCUGGGCUGUGACAGCCUGAUUGACAACCCAUCUGCCUUCAUCCUCCCUAGGAGGGGCCACACUGGGUCUGAACUUGUUUAAAGGCAGCCCAGAAUACCCAGCAUGCCUAGAGGGGGCUGCUGCUCAGACAGGCUGCCUCCUUGGAGCAGAAGGGAGGCUGGGCUGUGCCUGCAGGGUCCCUCAGGCCCAGGAGUGGAAAGAACACACCUGGCUCGACCUGACCCUGGGUCCAGCCACGUCCCUCCCUCUGGAUGUAUAUACAUCAGCAGCCAGCAUGAAGCUCUGCUGCCCUCUUGUCCGUCCAGCCAAGGGAAGAGACCCCCAAGGGGGGACAGGCUUGAAACAGCCACAGAAAUGUUGGGGCCAAAACCAUGCGGCCCCUCCCCAGCACACAAGGCCUGUGCACUCUGCCUGGGUUUCCCUGGUCUGUGAUCUGAGGCCGGCGCUCGCCCCCUCUGGGCUUUUCUGAUCCUGACCAAGGACUAAGGGCUUUGCUCCCUCAGAAGUCGAGUCGUGGGGGCUGGUGACCCCACACAGGAGCCCCCUGGUUCCCCUGGCUCCCCCAAGGGGCCCACAGCGGCGUGUCAGGGCAGGGCAUGGCACUCCAUCAGUGGGGGUCAGCACAGGCCAGGCCCCCAGCACCCACUGCCCAGGCACCAGGCACUUUUGUGCCCACCCAGCCGCAGCCACGGCUUGACUCUUUAUGCGUAAUCACCAUACUGGCCUUGGCGCCACACCCACGACUCAAGGUUCCCAAUGGUCAGGGAUGCACGCAGGCUGGCAGCGAGCCCACAGCCGCUGUGUUCACAUCCAGCUCCCCUGUGCCAUGAGCCUCGCCCUGCCAGCUUCACACUUGGAACAUGAGAACGGCCACUCCUGGGUCUGGCUUCCCUUGGAACUUUUCUCCCAAGUCCCUCCCAGAGCUGGGGCAACAGCGGAAAUGUUACGGGUGCAGAUGCCCGGCUGAGAGCAGAACUCAGUGCUGGGCCCCAGGAUAUCAUAGAUGCACUCCAUGUCCUGGGGCCAGGGGACCGGACUUUCCAGGUGUGUCCACGAGCAUAGCUGCCUGCCAGCACAGGUGGUCCUGGAGACAGUUCCUGCUGCAGUCUUUUGGGAGGACGAAGUGAUACAAUCAUGCAGAAAAUGGCAUCUCAGCACCCAGUUUUAGACAAGAUCACCAUGUAAAAAUGGAGCCUCCAGGAGGAACCAGCCCUGCAAUGCCUGAUUCUAGCCCCAGAGAAGGCGCUGGACCUCCAGACGUGAGAGCACACUGUGUUGGUUCAGCCUCCAGAUGUGUAGUGAUUAACCCAAGUUGGAGACAAUUCCUUGGAGCAAGAGCUGAGCUGGGUGGCCAGGGCCCGAGGACACGCCCUGGCAUCCUCACACCAGCCAUGUGCCUCUCGAGCCUGUUUCCUCCUCUGCAAAGACAGAGACAAGGGUGCUCCCGGAGGAUUCGGUUGAACUCUCCUCCCUGAAGGCUCCUCCCAGCUCCCAGCACAGGCAGUAGGCUCCACAAAGGGAGGUUUCCAUCUCAGCCCUCAGCCCCUUACAGGCAUGGGAACUGCAAGCCUCUGACCCCUGAUCCCCAGCACAGCAUGCCCUCGGCCCAGUCGGGCACAGGCGUCUCCCCCCAGGUCGCUCCAAAGGUGCCAUCCCUCUGUGUCUGCUGGUGCGUGGGGCUUCAUACAGGUGGUAUGAAGCACCCUGACGUUUCCCGUGUGGAAUAACUAAUGUUCUCAGUUACGGAAUCUUCCAUCUUUCUACCACUGAACUCUGUUCUCUACCAAGUGUCCAGGCACGCCCCGCCCCCCAUUGUCCUGACCACUUUCUCUCCUCGGCUGCCGAGACUCCCAUCUUACUUGAGUCUUGAUAUGUAUUAGCACAAGGCACCCACCCCCGUUUCCUUUAUCCAAACAGCCUUGGCUCUUCUUGACCCUUCUCUCUUCCACAUGAAUUUUAAGAGCAGCUGAAAGUUCCUUUUAAAAAAAUCUCAUUGGAAAUUUUAUUGGAGGUGAUUGCAUUGGGAGAUUAAUCUGGGGAGACUUGCCGUCUUGACAAACUGCGUCUUCCAGUCCACAAACGUGACCCAGCCCUGUUUCUCCAGACUUCCUCGUGCUCUGCAAUGUUCUCCAUAAUGAUUGUUAUCAACAUCUGCCCAAUGUGGAUGAAAAAGGGGCCACAUACCAAACCUGACAAGCUCAGGGGAGGCCCUACGAACUCAGAGAUCAAAAUCAACCACAUAGAAUGGUCUGAACAAAAAUUCCUAACUAAAAGCAGGUCAUAGCGGGUAGUCACAUCCUCAGCCUGUAGCUUUCUUGACAAAACAAAGGUCAAUCUUCACCUUAAGUGAGCCUGUCUAUUGUCUUUUUACAUCUAAGAUAACAUACCCCUGGAAUAAUAUCAGAGUAAUCAUUUUUCUGGACCUCUCAGGGCACAACCCUCCAUGGCAGAGCUCCAAACUACAGAACCCCUCAUUGUUACCUUGUUUCCCAAUAUCAUCUCUGUGCUGUACAAUGUUAGUUGUUAACUAUCCUGCACCCACCAGUGUAAAAGAAGUGUCUCUCCAUUUUACUGUUUAUUCAGUCCCAGAGACUUCCCCAUUUUGCUUUCUCCCGCCCCCUUAAUCUAC